GCGGGAAUAGAAAUAUCAGGAAUAGAGAUAUAAAUACCACCCACCUUCUUUCGUUUAGAGUAGAGCCUCGAUGUUACUUGGGUCCUAGCGAGCUGUGCUCCCGCUUUAAACCCGGCAUAACAUCAAAAAGGUGUCAUGGCAGGAAACCACUGGCCCAGCCACAGUCACGACGAUCCCCGUUGGACAGCUGUCGAUGCGUAUACGAUCCCGCACUCACAUCCGGCGCCGCGGCCCAAUGCCAAAGUGCUCGAGAAUGUGCUGAAGUUAUCCACGGCGGCUGGCCUCCCGGACUAUUCGCUCUCGCCGGCGCAGGCAAAGUUCCUGGCGCUGCACUGCCGGGCAUCAGGAGUGACACUCGCGCUCGAAGUCGGCACUUUGGGCGGAUACUCGGCCAUCUGGGUGGCGAUCGAGUACAACCCUAGACACGUCGACGUGGCACGCAGGAACAUUGAGCUCGCAGGGCUGUCGCAUCGCAUAGAAGUCAUUCACGGCGAGAGUGUCGAUGUCCUGGAAACGCUGCGUAGCGAGGUCAAGGCUGGGACGCGUCCCCAAUUCGGCUUCGUUUUUAUUGAUGCCGAUAAGGUGAACAACUGGAACUACUUCCGACUGGCCAAAGACAUGGUCAAGCCAAACUCAGUCAUUUGUAUGGACAAUAUCGUGCGCGAGGGAGAGUUGGCGGACCUGAGCAUCACCGAUCAGGACGUCGUGGCCAGCCGACGCGUGGUUGAGAAUGCUGGCAAGGAGCCCGGUGUCGACUCAGUCGUUAUCCAGACAGUGGGCGAGAAGAGCUACGACGGUUGGUUGUGGGCUCUCGUCAGCUAA